AUGGGGCUCUCAGGAUUGAUGGUAUGGGCCAUCGACCAGGACGAUAGCACGCUAUCUGCUUUGACCGCCGUCACAGGCAGUACACCCAGGAGACAUUCCUCAGGCGGCGACUUCAACCUAGUCGAUCUCAAGAGGCUCUUCCCCAAGGAGGACAUUCCAUCCGACACUUCUGACCCGCAGUACGGUCUUAUCACCUUUGGAGCUGGCUCCGAGUCUGGCGAGGUGGACCCUGCGAACUCGGGAUUCGGCUUUCUUCUUGCUGUUAGGGAGUCUCAUGGACUUACCCAGCUGAAGGCAAGAGAUGGCCGGCCGGAUCCUUUUGUUUUCCUCGACUGUCCCGACAACGUGCUCGACCAACCCAGCAAUCAAACUCAGAAAGCUAGAGUCGUCUGCACAAGUCAGGAUGUUGAUGGCUGCUUUAGGGUUAGGGAGCGUGGUGUUGAAGGCACCCUGGUAGAAAUGCCAGACGACUGUGCACCAAAUUCAUUUGCUCGAGCAAUCGCACUAGAGCUUGCUGAAGACCAAACCAUGCCAGACCACCUAGUCAAGCGGCAUACCCCCACGUCCCCGAUAUACGAGUUCUCCUUCGACUUCAAUAAACACGAGCGGCGAGCCGACGCCAAAGUCGCCAUACGAAUGGAUAUGACAAACGUCAAAGGAUACUGGGAUGGUCUUGUCGAUUCUCCAGGAAAGAGAACUUUCGAAAAAGGAGACAAGUUCAAAUAUGGUUCUGGCGAGAACUCUCUCAAGAUCCAGAAGGAUUUGAGUACGCCAGUCUUUUGGCAAGCCGCCGACAAUUAUCCGAUAGGGGAUAAGGACUAUGGUGAAGGUAUCGCAGGUUUCAUCAAGGGUAAGGUCGACGCAGACAUAUACUACGCAGCUACAGUCAUUGCAACCUCAGCCAGAGACUCUUUGAAUGUUAACGUCAAGGAAGCCAAUAGGUUCAUCAAAGUCACUGGCGAGACAGAUUUGACCUUUGGAAUUGGUGGAAUGGGUUAUCUUGAUAUCAACAUGGCCAAAAAGGGCAACCCUGCGAAAAGCGAGAUUAAUUAUAAAGCCUUGAAAGGACACACGAUCAGUGCUGGAUCUUUCUGGGGUUACAUGAGCCUCACUCCUUUCAUCAACCGCCAAACCGUGUUGUUCACGUCUUAUAUGGAUGAGGGCCCAUCCUCUAGACCAAACCAUGCAGCGACAUUAGACGGGCGUCUAACUACACGUAUUAAGACCGACUUAGGCGACUUUCCAGCCACCUUUCCCCAUAUUCUAUUCCCAGACGAGAUAGACAGUAUCAGAAAGCACCACAAGGACACAGAAAUCGAGGUAUUUGACGAUGAUAUUCUUUACGGAGACGGAGGCAGAAAUGGGAGCACCAUAUAA